CUGCCGCAGUAGGAACCUGUCUCAGCUGCCCCGGAGAGUCUCGGGACCGCCUGCCCGCAGUGGUUAUAGUGUCAUGGCGGCCCCGCUCGCCCAGUUUGAUGAGGACUGGCAGGACUUUUACGAGUUCAGAGCCCCGGCUCCUCCGGCCGCCUCCUCCGGGGACAAGAACCGGCUGGACAAGGUGAACUCCAACUCGGCCGGCUCGGGGGGCUCGGCGGGCGGGGGGGCCCUGGAGGAGCUGGCCGAGCUGGAUAACGGCUUCUCGGUGGAGAUCAUGGGGGGCUUCCAGUCCAUGGAGGAUCUGGUCAAUGACUUCGACGACAAGCUGACUGCCUGCUUCCGCAACUACAGCGCCGACACCGGCAACAUCGCCCCGGUCCGGCCCAUCACCGAGGACGGCAUCAUGAAGGACGACGAAAUAUGGAAUGCUUUGACUGAUAACUAUGGCAACGUGAUGCCUGUUGACUGGAAAUCAUCUCACACUAGAGCGUUGCACUUACCAACCCUAAACCUUUUGGACAAAGCAGUUAAUAACAAUAUGAAUCUCGACUUAUCUGAUGAUGAGGAGUUAAGGGAACAGCUAGACAUGCAUUCCAUCAUUGUGUCUUGCAUCAAUGAGGAGCCUUUGUUCACCGCUGAGCAGGUUAUUGAAGAGAUUGAGGAAAUGAUGCAGGAGUCUCCUGACCCUGAAGAGGAAGAUGCACCUUCUCAGUCAGACCGCCUCUCUAUGCUUUCACAGGAGACCCUGAAGAAAUCCUCUACAAGUAGCUCAUAUGAAGAAAAAGUGAAGCGGAUGUCUGUUGCAGAAUUGAAUGAUCUGCUUGAUGAAAUUGAAACGGCUAUUAAGGAUUAUUCUGAAGAGCUGGUACAACAGCUGGCUUUGAGGGAUGAACUGGAGUUUGAAAAAGAGGUGAAAAACAGUUUUAUAUCAGUUCUUAUCGAGGUACAGAACAAGCAGAAAGAGCACAAGGAGAAUUUGAAAAAGAAGAAAAGGCUAAGAAGUGGGAAUGCACAGAAUGGCAAGCAGGAUAGGGGUCACAUGCCUGGAACGCGCUUCAGCAUGGAAGGCUUAUCAAACGUCAUACAGCAUAGCUUUCGCCAGACGUUUGGGAGCUCAGGUGGAGAGAAACAGUAUCUGACCACUGUUAUUCCUUACGAAAAGAAAAAUGGGCCACCUUCGCUCGAAGACCUCCAGAUACUAAGUAAAAUACUCCGUGCAAUGAAAGAUGAUAGUGAGAAAGUGCCAAGUUUGCUAACAGACUACAUUUUAAAGGUUCUCUGUCCUACUUAAGAGACUCGCUUGGACGAACGCACGUGUCCUGCUUUGGGAUGACAUUUCCUGUUUUCAAUAAGAUGCAAUUUCAUGGAUCCAUUAGAAAUCCUCUGCUUACAGACCGUAUAGCUGAAAACCUGUUCAUCAACAUCCCAUCUCUUUUAGGAAAACAAAAAAAACAACAAAAAAAUAUAAUUGGUACUUUGAGCAUGGUGAUAAACUUACUCAGCUGUUUCAGGUGUCUGUGAUUGCAAAGUAUUAUGUGACAUGCUACCAUUGUUGGAUGUGGAAUGCAUGCAUUGCUUGCUGUGAGCAGGUACGUGCAUGGGAUUCUUCAGCGCCUUCAGAUUUAACCAUGUUAGUGCUAGCUAUGUUCACAAUACAUUGCACAGCACUGAAAAGGUUAAUGUAAUAUGUGAGUUUAGAACAAAUGUAUAGUUUUAACCAGUUUUUAUGCUUUGAAAUCUAUUUUUACAGUAAAUUUAAGUGGGGAAAACCCACACUAAUCCUUUAACUGUCUCAAGAAGAGGAAAUAUUUCAUACAGAUAUUAAUCACACAGUAAUACUGUUGACCGCAAUGUAUAAAGGGAUCAAAUGCUAAUUGCACUGAUGUUUUAUUUAAAAAAAAAAAAGUGUACAAAUAUUCCGAUUUAUAAUCACUACAGAAAGAACGAAAGCAUUAAUCUGAUGUUCUGUCAUUUUGACAGGAAUUAACCAGGUAGAACAGGUAACAAGUUAUUUUCAGAGAUAUUGGGGUGUAUUUACAAAGCAGUGAAAUAUUUACAGAAUUGCAAAAAUUCAGCUAAGAGUUCAGUUGUAUAUAUUUUUUAUUUUUUUUUUUUAAAUAUUUUUUUCAACUUUGCUAGUUUAGCUGAAUUUUGCAAAUUUGUUGUCAGCUCAACACAUCUCACUGUUUUUAUUAAUACAUCCUUAAAGGUGUGCAGAUGUUUUGCAACAUGUGCUAAUGUGUUUUAAGAGUGCAAUCCUGUUCUCUCAUCUUGCUACUCGUGUGCUUUUGGUUCAACGGGAUGGUGGGAGCCAACGUAAACGCAUUAGUGGUAACUUAUUGCCAAAUGUCCUGAAGGAUUAAUCCGCUAAAAGCAAGGCACAAGCGCUUUUGAACUGCCUAAAUUGGAUUACAGCCUAAUUGCCCUUAAUUGAUAAAAUGGUUUGCAAAACGACAAUAUGAUUUAUAUUGACUUUAUUACAUACAUGACACCAAGUGGAAAUGUUUAUCUUUUAAGUAUAUAUUUGUGUAUUUUGGUUUUCUUUCAUUUACAGUGUUAUUUGACAUGACUACGUGUUCUGACAACAUGCCUUGUUAGCUAGGAUAAAGGACAGGUACUUCAUCUCUUGGUAAAGCCUGCCAUUUCAGUGAUGAACAGCCGAAAGCUGAAUCCUUUGAAGUUAAAGGGAAUAAUUAGAUGCGUCUCUGAGCCAUUUAACCCUUCAGGUGCAUUGGUGAUGUCCAACGUCUGGUAUAAAGUUGCGUUGCUCACCCCCUCUAGCUCUGAAAGGGUUUACGUUAAACACUCUCUAACUUGCAUUACUAUGCUUCUAAAUGAUAAAGCAAUUAACCAAUGCAGUAGACUCAACUUUAUCAAAUUUGAAUUGGCUUAGCGGCACUUUAAUGGCUUCUAAAAAUAAUACUUAUGCCAUGGAUCUCUAGUACUGUGUCUAGUCUGUGUUGUUGCAUUUUACAGACCGUUUGUUAGGGUUUUAUUUUCUUACAGCUAAUUUUUGCACAUUAAAGGAUGGUGUUCUGUGAGCACAGAUAGGAGUUGACAAUAUUUGGAUGGGUUGUAUGUUUUUAAAGAGUGGUAGAAAACUUUAAAAGUAGCAGAACUAGCCACAUACA